GAAAUUUUCUUACUUCGAAACUCUCUCUUCCUCGUUCUGUGUCUCUUGUCCAUCUCACUAAACCAACAUGAUGAUACCAGAUGAUCAUCAUCACCUCUCAUUCCCCAGUUAUGUUCUUCACCAAGAACAGAUCACCCCAAAUCUUAACCCUAACCCUAAUCCUACCUCCUCAAACUCAAACAAAAGGAAAAGAAAUCUCCCGGGAAAUCCAGAUCCAGAUGCAGAAGUCAUCGCUCUAUCGCCAAACUCGCUCAUGGCUACGAACCGAUUCAUAUGCGAGGUCUGCAACAAAGGGUUUAAGAGAGACCAAAACCUUCAGCUUCACCGGAGAGGUCAUAAUCUUCCAUGGAAGCUAAAGCAAAGGACAAACAAGGAGCAAGUGAAAAAGAAAGUGUACAUCUGUCCCGAGAAGGCAUGCGUACACCACGACCCGGCUCGAGCCCUCGGGGACUUGACUGGAAUCAAGAAGCAUUUCAGCAGGAAACAUGGAGAAAAGAAGUGGAAAUGCGACAAAUGUUCCAAAAAAUAUGCUGUCAUGUCCGAUUGGAAAGCUCAUAGCAAGAUUUGUGGUACCAGAGAGUACAGAUGUGACUGCGGUACCCUCUUUUCCAGGAAAGAUAGUUUCAUCACACAUAGAGCAUUUUGUGACGCUUUAGCUGAAGAGAGUUCUAGAUUCGCCUCAGUUCCACCAGCCGCAACGGCAGCUCCAUUUUUGAACAAUUCCCCGGAUGCAGAAGUCAACCAUGGAAACGUCAAACUAAAUCAUCAGCAACCCGGUAUCAAUAUUAAUCGCCACAACAUUAAUGGCUUCAUGGGACAAGCCUUCGCCAAUCAGGUUUCCUUACCAGCCAACGUUUUUGCCUCCUCAUCAUUGCCAUCACCUCAUAGUGAAUCCGAUUCGCUUCAAAAUCUAUGGCAUUUACAAGGACAAUCAUCUCAUCAGUGGCUUCUCAACGAAAACAACAACAGAAACAUUCUACAAAGGGGAAUCUCCAAUAAUCAAGAAGAUCAGGACACUAAGAAGGGAAUUAUUACUAGUGAUUAUUUGUUCUCUUCGGACUCAAGCACCAAUUAUGAUCAAAGCGGUGGACAAGUAAUACCAUCCAUGUCAGCCACGGCACUACUACAGAAGGCCGCUCAAAUGGGAUCAAAGAGAUCAGAAUCAAGCUCCAACAAUAGCACGGCUGUUGGUCUAAUGACUUCCUCCAUCUUCAACAACAAACAUACAGAGAAUGAUAUCAAAACUAAGGAAGUUGAUGAAAGAGGCUUCACAAGAGACUUUCUUGGUGUGGGAAGUCAAAACCGUCCUUGGCCAUUAUUGAUGGUCAACCAUAGUCUUCCCAACAUGACUCAGCCGGCCACAACCGACGUUAUACCAACUACCGGUACAGCAACGGCCGGUACAGCAACGGCAGAAAUGAAUCACAAAACACAAACUAUGUAAUCCAAAUGACGAAUGGACAAUCAAAUACAGCAGUACAAAGCGAAGAAAAUAA